GGUCGCCGCCUCCUCCUCCUCCUCCUCCUCCCUUUCUCUCUCGAUCUGUCUCUCCCGGCCCGGAAUCCAUUCCGGCCUGGGAGCCGGAGCGGCCUGGCCGCCGUCUGCCCGACCCCCUGGCCGUCCUGCGGUCUGCCCUCUGGUGCGUCUGUCUGCUGGUGCGCCCGCCUGCCCGCCGGCCCAGAACUCAGGCUCAGGGAAGUGAAGUGACUUGCCCAGCUAUGAGAGAGCGAGCCAGGAUUUGAAACCAGCCUGAAACUUCAGGCUUUCUCUAGGAAUGCGGCUGGGUGACCUUAUCUUCUCAGGCCCCAUCCACAGAGGACAUCCGGCUGUUCCCUGAGAGAGACUCUCUGAGGGCAGGAGAUGAGGAUGCUGAGGCCCAGAGAGGGGAAGUGACUUGCCUAGGGUCACACAGUGGGAAGAGGUGGAGCAGGUCCUCUAGUCCACGACCCCUGACUCUACCCCUGGUGUGUGUGCUGGGACCCCAGGCUGCUUCCCAGGUCCUCUGGGACAGCCCCUGCCUUCCAUAGGACCAUGGGCAGCAACAAAAGCAAGCCCAAGGAUGCCAGCCAGCGGCGCCGCAGCCUGGAGCCUGCCGAGAAUGCCCACAGUGCUGGUGGGGGUGCCUUCCCCGCCUCACAGACCCCCAGCAAGCCCGCCUCUGCUGAUGGCCACCGUGGCCCCAAUAUGGCCUUCACCCCUGCGUCCACCGAGCCCAAGCUGUUCGGAGGCUUCAACUCCUCGGACACAGUCACCUCCCCACAGAGGGCAGGGCCGCUGGCUGGUGGAGUGACCACCUUUGUGGCCCUCUAUGACUAUGAGUCGCGGACAGAGACUGACCUAUCCUUCAAGAAAGGGGAGCGGCUCCAGAUUGUCAAUAACACGAGGAAGGUGGAUGUCAGCCACACCUGGUUCACAUUCAGAUGGCUGCACAGAGAGGGAGACUGGUGGCUGGCCCACUCACUCAGCACCGGACAGACGGGCUACAUUCCCAGCAACUACGUGGCGCCCUCCGACUCCAUCCAGGCCGAGGAGUGGUACUUUGGCAAGAUUACCAGACGGGAAUCAGAGCGGUUAUUGCUCAAUGUGGAGAACCCGAGAGGGACCUUCCUAGUACGAGAAAGCGAGACCACGAAAGGUGCCUACUGCCUCUCAGUGUCCGACUUCGACAACACCAAGGGCCUCAACGUGAAGCACUACAAAAUCCGCAAGCUGGACAGCGGCGGCUUCUACAUCACCUCUCGCACCCAGUUCAACAGUCUGCAGCAGCUCGUAGCCUACUACUCCAAACAUGCUGACGGCCUGUGCCACCGCCUCACCACUGUGUGCCCCACGUCCAAGCCACAGACUCAGGGCCUGGCCAAGGACGCCUGGGAGAUCCCCCGGGAGUCACUGCGGCUGGAGGUCAAGCUGGGCCAGGGCUGCUUUGGAGAGGUGUGGAUGGGGACCUGGAACGGCACCACCAGGGUAGCCAUCAAAACUCUGAAGCCGGGCACGAUGUCUCCAGAGGCUUUCCUGCAGGAGGCCCAGGUCAUGAAGAAACUGAGGCACGAGAAGCUGGUGCAGCUGUACGCCGUGGUGUCUGAGGAGCCCAUCUACAUCGUCACAGAGUACAUGAGCCAGGGGAGUUUGCUGGACUUUCUCAAGGGGGAGACAGGCAAGUACCUGCGGCUGCCUCAGCUGGUGGACAUGGCUGCUCAGAUAGCCUCAGGCAUGGCAUACGUGGAGCGGAUGAACUAUGUCCAUCGGGACCUCCGUGCUGCCAACAUCCUGGUUGGAGAGAACCUCGUGUGCAAAGUGGCUGACUUUGGGCUGGCUCGGCUCAUUGAAGACAACGAGUACACAGCCCGGCAAGGUGCCAAAUUUCCCAUCAAGUGGACGGCUCCAGAAGCCGCCCUCUAUGGCCGGUUCACCAUCAAGUCGGAUGUGUGGUCCUUUGGGAUCCUGCUGACAGAGCUCACGACAAAGGGACGGGUGCCCUACCCUGGGAUGGUAAACCGAGAAGUGCUGGAUCAGGUGGAGCGGGGCUACCGGAUGCCCUGCCCGCCUGAGUGUCCCGAGUCCCUGCAUGACCUCAUGUGCCAGUGCUGGCGGAAGGAGCCAGAGGAACGGCCUACCUUUGAGUACCUACAGGCCUUCCUGGAGGACUAUUUCACAUCCACCGAGCCCCAAUACCAGCCUGGAGAGAAUCUAUAGGGAGCAGGCUGCAGGGCCAGACUGGCUUCUCGGCUUGGCUCUGGGGCGAGGUGGCUCCUGAUGUGGGGUCCUGCCUGCCUCUGCCUGCCCACCGGUGAUCCUCUCUGUGGGGCUGAAUUGCCAGUGACGAGGCCCCUCCCUCUUUAGUGGCACGGACGGGCGUGGGCCCUAGGGCAGCCCUGAGGGCGGGGUCCAAGGCUGAUCCAAGGCUGACAGAGUGACUGCGUCCUGGCUCCCAAUCCAGCCACAUGCCUCCUCUCUGUACCCCUCCUGGAGCUCUGCGUGACUUGACAGGAGGAACUGGGAAGAAGGACUGGGGCUAAGGGCUCCCUUUUCCCAGCCUCAACCUACUCCACACAUUGGCCCCUUCCCACUUCUGCGCCGCCCAGGUCUGUCUCCAGAGCUGGCCAAAGAGCCUUUCCAAAGAGGAGUGAUGGGCCCUUGGCUGGUGGCCUGCCGGCCACCCUGCCCCUUGCCGUCCAUUUCUGAAUCACCUGUUGGUGGAGGCCAUUAGGUCCAGACCCCUCUGCCAUGGCUCCCAGGCUCUGCAGCCUGAGGCCUCGACUGACUUGAUCAUGGUGGGUGGGGUGGGCACCCCCCUCAAACCCUGCCCUUCUUAGACCUAAGGGACCCUUAGAGAUCAUCAAUUUCUUUGUCCCCAUAUUACCCAUGGGGAAACUGAGUCUGGAGAGGUGUUGUGACUUGCCCAAGACCACAGAGUAGUCCAGGGUUGAGGUGGGAUCAGAACUCGGUGCUCCGUCUGUUUUCCUCAGGAACCAACAAGAUUGUCCUCAGAGGCAUCGUGGACAGACUGGCAGCCCAGGGGACACGGGGCCUGAGGAUGGGUUAGGGAUAGCAGAGAGUCCUGCUGCUGUUUUCCGCUCAGUGGGACUGUUGUGGGGGGAGAGAGUGGAGGUGGAGGUGGGGCUGAGCUAGGAAUGAGGGGUGAAGGGGCAGAUAUCGAGACGCAGAUUUCAAUCAGAAUGUGGGUGGGUUUUGACUUUCAGGGCUAGCCAACCAUGAAAGGGAGUGAGCUCCCAAGUUCUGGAGGUAAUCAAGUAGAAAUAGCAGAUCCAAGUGGUUGGGAGGCUCUGGUCCUGGCCUCGGGAGGGAACCCUAGGUCCUCCUUUGCCCAGUUUGUCCUGUGUCAUUUCAAUGCCUGGCCCCUGCUCUCCUCUCCAUGUU